GAGGGUGCAUACAGCAGCUGUCAGCAUCCCUGUCUCAGGGACUUCUUUGCUGAUUCACAGAGCCAGUCCAGCCCCAGCCUCCCAGCUCCCAGUUGCUGCACGUUCCUCAGACCUGACGGACUCAGAAGCCGAUGAGUAUCAGAGAGUAGAACCCUCAUCUCCUGAUUCUCAGUCCACUGUGCCCAACUGCUGCUUCUCUAGCAGGUUCCCUCCUGUUACACUAAUCCCAGGAAAAUGAAGCAGGUUUAAGGAACACACAAUCCUGUCAUUUUUUUCGAAAAAGAACGUGCAUUACAUAUAUAAUCAGCAAAAAUAGAAAUGUUAAUAUAAGAAGAUGUCUGAAACCAAGUCUUUUGCAGUCUUCAUCCUUAUAAAAGAUCCAUAGCAAUACUUCGUUUUCAUCUGAGGUGUUUAUGCUCAAUGGUUGAUGCACUGCUCAUCCUCAUCCCCCAUGAGCCUUGGUUCUGAUGCAACCUAUGGUCAUGCAGGGAUGCCCUUACACCUUCCCACGAUGUCAUGAGUGGCGGGCAGCUGACCCGUUCCAUCACAGCAGCAGCCUCCACAGUGCCUGCCCCUUGCUUCAGGUUAGAGCUGCUGCCACCUCCCCUGCACCUCCUCAGGAUGGCGCUGGGCUUUCCUGCCUAAGCCCAAAGCUGUUCAACGGGUCUGUUGGUGCCACUGGAUGUCUGGAACCACCAGCCAUGAACUUGUGUUGGAAUGAAAUCAAGAAGAAGUCUCAAAACCUCCGCGCUCGCCUAGAGGCCUUCUCAGACCACAGUGGAAAGCUUCAGCUCCCUCUCCAAGAGAUUAUUGACUGGCUCAGCCAAAAGGAUGAGGAACUGUCAGCUCAGCUGCCCCUACAAGGGGAUGUGGCCCUGGUGCAACAGGAGAAGGAGACACAUGCGGCCUUUAUGGAAGAUGUCAAGUCUCGGGGCCCCUAUAUCUACUCUGUGCUGGAGUCAGCUCAGGCCUUCCUGUCCCAGCACCCAUUUGAGGAAUUAGAGGAGCCCCCUUUAGAGAGCAAAGAUACCUCACCCAGACAGCGGAUCCAGAAUCUUAGCCGCUUUGUAUGGAAACAGGCGACAGUGGCCAGCGAACUAUGGGAGAAGCUUACAGCCCGCUGUGUGGACCAGGACCGCCACAUCGAGCGCACUCUGGAACAGCUGUUGGAGAUCCAAGGGACCAUGGAGGAAUUAAGCACCACUCUGACCCAGGCUGAGGGAGUCCGAGCCACUUGGGAGCCCAUCGGGGAUCUCUUCAUUGAUUCACUCCCUGACCACAUCCAGACUCUUAAGCUAUUCAAAGAAGAACUAUCCCCCAUGAAAGAUGGCGUGAAGUUGGUGAAUGAUCUGGCCCAUCAGCUUGCCAUUUCUGAUGUGCACUUGUCAAUGGAGAACUCCCGGGCCCUGGAGCAGAUCAACAGCCAGUGGAAACAGCUUCAGGUGUCAGUCGGCGAGAGGCUUAAGCAGCUCCAGGAUGCCCACCGGGACUUUGGGCCUGGGUCACAGCACUUCCUCUCCUCCUCUGUCCAGGUUCCCUGGGAAAGAGCAAUUUCACCCAAUAAAGUUCCCUACUACAUCAACCACCAGGCUCAGACCACAUGCUGGGACCAUCCCAAGAUGACAGAAUUAUACCAAACCCUGGCUGAUCUGAACAACAUUAAGUUCUCAGCCUACCGCACUGCCAUGAAGCUACGCAGAGUCCAGAAGGCACUGCGCUUGGACCUGGUAACUUUAACCACAGCACUGGAGAUCUUCAAUGAGCAUGAUCUGCAAGCCAGUGAGCAUGUGAUGGACGUGGUGGAGGUCAUUCACUGCCUGACUGCCUUAUAUGAACGGCUGGAGGAGGAGAGAGGCAUCCUGGUCAAUGUGCCGCUGUGUGUAGAUAUGAGCCUCAACUGGCUCCUCAAUGUUUUUGACAGCGGUCGCAGUGGAAAGAUGCGGGCAUUGUCUUUUAAGACUGGCAUUGCAUGCCUGUGUGGCACAGAAGUGAAGGAAAAACUGCAGUACCUCUUCAGCCAAGUCGCCAACUCAGGCAGCCAGUGUGACCAACGCCACCUUGGUGUCCUGCUUCAUGAGGCCAUUCAAGUGCCUCGUCAGCUGGGGGAAGUGGCAGCCUUUGGAGGCAGCAAUGUGGAGCCCAGUGUCCGUAGUUGCUUCCGUUUUAGCACUGGGAAGCCAGUCAUUGAAGCUUCCCAGUUCCUGGAGUGGGUCAACUUGGAGCCCCAGUCCAUGGUGUGGCUGGCUGUUCUGCAUCGGGUCACCAUUGCUGAGCAAGUGAAGCAUCAGACCAAGUGCUCUGUCUGUAGGCAAUGCCCCAUCAAGGGCUUCAGGUACCGGAGUCUGAAACAAUUUAACGUGGACAUCUGCCAGACCUGCUUCUUGACAGGCAGGGCCAGCAAAGGCAACAAGCUACACUACCCCAUCAUGGAGUAUUACACCCCGACCACAUCCAGUGAGAACAUGAGGGACUUUGCCACAACCUUAAAGAACAAAUUCCGCUCAAAGCAUUAUUUCAGCAAACACCCUCAGCGAGGUUAUCUGCCUGUGCAAUCAGUGCUGGAGUCUGACUACAGUGAGACGCCGGCUUCUUCCCCGAGAUUGCCACACGCUGACACACACUCCCGCAUUGAGCAUUUUGCCAGCAGGCUUGCUGAGAUGGAAAGUCAAAAUUGCUCCUUCUUUAAUGACAGCCUGUCCCCAGAUGACAGCAUCAGAGACGAGGACCAGUACCUCUUACGGCACUCCAGCCCCAUUACAGACCGGGAGCCAGGCUUCGGACAGCAGGCUCAAUGCAGCAUGGCCACAGAAAGCAAGGGGGAGCUAGAGAAGAUCCUGGCCCACUUAGAGGAUGAGAAUCGGAUUCUCCAGGGAGAGCUGAGACGCCUGAAGUGGCAGCAUGAGGAGGCUGCUGAGGCACCCACCCUGGCUGAGGGCUCUACUGAGGCAUCACAGGACCACCGCAAUGAAGAGCUUCUGGCCGAGGCCCGGAUCCUUCGGCAACACAAGAGCCGCCUGGAGACACGCAUGCAGAUCCUUGAAGAUCACAACAAGCAGCUAGAGUCCCAGCUGCAGCGUUUAAGGGAGCUGCUCCUGCAGCCACCCACUGAAUCAGAUGGCAAUGGCUCUGCAGGCUCGUCCCUAGUUUCAUCUCCACAGCAGUCAGAAGGCAGUCACCCCCAGGAGAAGGGACAGACUACACCAGACACUGAGGCUGCAGAUGAUGUGGGGUCAAAGAGCCAAGACGUCAGCCUGUGCUUGGAGGACAUCAUGGAGAAGCUCCGCCACGCCUUCCCCAGUGUGCGGAGCUCUGAUGUGACUGCCAGCACCCUGCUGGCCUCGUGAUGGAGCCAGAUCCCCAUCCUGUCAUCCACAAUCCUCUCCCAGUUCUGGUCAAAGCCUUCCCUCAGCCUUCACCCAACCUUUCCAGUCCCCACUGGCCCCGCAACGCUCAGCCAGAGUUAUUUGGGCUCUGGGCAGCAGCAGGGAUCUGGUGGUAUGUGAGGUGGGUGUGUGGGGGCCAGGGAAGACACAAAUGCUGUGGGUUUGCCCUUUAGCUGGCCAGCGGAGGGAGAGGCGUGAUUCCUCUGACCCCAGAAAUGUGCCCUUUAAUCCUCAAGUUUGAGACCAGUCCCUUAAGUUCACUUCUCCUGCAGCCCAGGCAAACAGCACUUGGAGGCCGUUCAGAUGAGGAGCAGAGAAGCUGCCUUGCAGAGCUAAGCAGUGCCCGCUGGCGCCUUUCCUUCUCCAUGGAAUCAUAGAGCUUGGGAAACCUAAUGUCCCCAGGGUUCCAGCAUUAUGAAUCCACAGGAGUUAGCCCUACUCUCUGGCCCAACUCAGGGAGACAAAAGGGUAUCCCCACGACACCACUUCUCCACCAAAGUGCCCCUGAAAAACUCUGGGCAGCAUGUGUCGUGUUACUUCAGCUCGAGGGCCUAUCUCUAGCCAUCCUGAUCCUACCUAGAUGUUAUUUCCUCCUCGAAUAUCUACAGUUCCUCUGCCCCAGUCCCUGGCCGACCUUCCUCCAGGGGGGAGCAGUUCAUUCUGACUCCUACUUCCACUUUAUAGUUGGAAACAUCAAAGAAAUACUUAUGAGCUUAGAUUUUUUUCUCCCUGAUCCUCCUCUUUCCUGAGGGCCUCAGCAUCCUGAGAGAUCAGCUGAAGCCCCCCUUGGAUCUUCUGAGUCUGUGCUCACCAGCUGGGGGAGCGCCAGCUGCUUGUUUAGCAAGAGGGUCUUUCCUUGGAUGAGGAGGGAAAGCCACCCAUUAACAUGGAGGAGUGUGACUGCCCAAUACCCUUGCUUUUUUUAGAAGCAAGAUGUGACCUUUGUUUCUUUUAGACUGAAUGGGAGGAGGUGACUGACUUUCCCCAGCUGAUCAUAAGGCAGAUGCAAUGGGCCUCCCUGAAUAGUGGACCCUUUCUAGGAGCCACUGACCACUUUCCACCCAGGCAACAGCAGGGUCUUCCUUUGCAUGAAACUGUUCUCUCUAACUUUAGAAGGUGAAACCAACCCUCAAACUGCACUAACUCUUCCUAGGCAACAUAUACCUUUCUCCAAAUAAUGUUCAGACUAGAUAGCAAGGGGAGGAGGCAGUGGGCUUGGGAACUUUGAACAGAGUCAGAGCCCACUUAGGCAGCUUUCUAUAAAAAAACUCUAUAACCUAGAACCCUACAACUGACUUCAUUUGCCUAAGUUUAUAUACAUAUUGGGUCACCGGGAAAGUCAUAACGCAUUUUUGCAUUGAAAAACAUAGAAAAAUAUGUCAUGACUUUCCCUACGACCCAAUACAUAUCUAUCCUACAUAUCUACUGUCCAUCAGUACUCCCCUGGCCUCACUCACACAUUAAAUUCUAAUAGCUCUUGAAGUAUUAAUGUUCUGCCUUGCUCUUUGUUAGCCCAAACCUCUGGUUGAACAGAUAGAUGCGUCCUGGCUACUUCCCCUAGGAUGUCUCUCCAUUCAUGUUUGGGGUGAGCUGUCUUCAAAACCAAAGCAACAGAAGCCAGUGGCCACAGAGAAAUCUAACAGGAAGAGUCAGUCUCUUCUCUUCACUCACUCCAAAUCUUGUUCCCUUGAGACCUGGGCCUUGGAGGAAUUUUCCUGGGUUCCCUAAACAAUGGUUCAGGUACCAAAAUAGAACAAAUCAAGGCUUGACUCACCCCAUACAGAAAAGAAGGAAGAAAUAGGCUUUUAUUAUUAGCCUUUGUCAGGCGAAGACACAGAGUAUGUCUUCUAACCCAUUCCAGUUUUUAAGUCUGGCUCGGCCAUGAAGAGAGCUGCGGUCGCCACUGAGGUCAGGAGGGUGUGAGGUGGUCGGGGUGCUGUGUUGCAGUGAAGCAGUGGGCCAGUGGGUAGAACUGCUGGGAAACUAGAUGUAUCUGCUGCAGGGGAGGGAGGGCAGCAGCUUGGGUCCAAAAGCCUGCAUUGCCUUCUUCUAGAACCAGCAGGGGGCACUAAGCCACAGGCCCAGCAUGUCAGACCUCCUCACACCGUGUACCUUAGUGCUCACGAGGUCUCUGGCAGGAAGACUUGGGUGUCUGGAUGUAUGAUGAGCCGGUAGUAGGGCAUCAAACACAGCCUGAGCAUCUUCCUGUGAGGGGGGAGAAGCUAUAUCCGUAGGGGCCUAGAUUGUGUGCAGGAAUGGGAUAGAAGAAAUUUGCUAUAGAACAGGGAGCUCAGGGUCUUUGAGGCAUGCCUGCCUAAGCCUUAGGAGGGUAGAUGUGCUGAAACAAUCUUUUACCAGGAAAGCCCUGGAAAAUCCUUUCCAUAACCCCCACUCCACUCAAGAGAUCUUGGGCUGCUGAGGGCCUAUGGCAACUGCAGUGGGCCAGGCAUGGUAGGAGAGAUGCAGAUCUCAUUAUGUAGGAUUUGUGCUGUAGGUGGACCGAAGCAGCAAGUCAAGAGUUGAAUUCUCAUUAAUGGGGUCACCAACACUUUGUGGUCCUGUAUUUACCUUAAUGCCCGAGGUGAGUUCAAGCAUACCUCGUUUUAUUGUACUUCGCUUUAUUGCACUUCAUAGAUGUUGCAUUUUUUACAAGUUGAAGGCAGGACUCUCCACCUGCAAAAUGAUUACAGCUCCCUUUAUUGUGGUGCUCUGGAACCAAACCCGAAAUAUCUCCGAGGUAUGCCUGUAUAUCACUCAAGGGUCCAGUGACAGUCACUGCAGUAUAUGCGGGCAGUUUGGCGCAGUCAGGUAAAUGGAUCCUUGGGCACUGUGAAUACACAUCAGGGUGGGAUUGACAGAGAUGUGUUGUAUGUUGUUCGGGAUCUGUUAUGUGUCGUGUCACCUAGUGGCAUUGUGUGUGAUGCUGCACAGUGUAUGGCCCUGGACUGGAAGUAUGGUGAGGGGAGUUGCUGGGUAGGCAGCCUGAGGAAAACCUCAGACUUGCGGGAUUAGCAUCUGUGAUAAAGAAGGUGAGUGUUUGCUGGGGUUGUUGUCAAAUUGUAUAGGGACCAGUUAAUAUUGCUAGGCGAUUUAUUCUCCGCAGAAUCUGGUAGAGGCCAAAAAGUCAUUACGAGGGUGCCUUUGCUGAAAGCGAGAGCAUGUUGACUGGGAAAUUGUUAGGGGAGGCUGAGUGGCUGGCGGACAUCGGGCUGUUGGCUGUAUCGUUCCCUAAGGAGGGCCCUACCCAGGAGGACAAGUGCCCUUCCCUCCGGAAUGCAAAGUCUGAAAUCCAGGCUCUCAAGUGCCCAUUUCCUUCAAGGCUCCAAGUUUGGAAAUAUUUUCUUGCGCAGAAACCUGUUUCAGUUCUCAUGCUCCAAGAGCUGGGCUGGCAGACCUGCAGUCAUGAGAAACCUUGGAGGCAGACAGAGGCCAGUCUUGGGAGAUGUUUUGCCUCCAGGUUCAUUUAAGGACUGCCUGGACUGCCUGAGGUGUGUGUUUAGGAUCUGGGCUCCAUAUCCAGCUUCAGGCUACAGUGUUCCUUCAACACACAUUCUCUCUGGUAGACUUAUGGCUUCUGAGAACAUUUCCGGCCAAGAAGCUCAUCAAAGUUCCUUUGCUAUAGGUGACAGAUAAUCAAGAAAGUAGCUGCCUUAAGAGGAACAGUCCAGGAGGGAAACUGGGGACUUUGCUCUAGGGCUAUGGAGAAUUAGCUGCUCAGUGGGGCACCUUUAUCUCUGGGCCUCCCUGCCCAAAUUCAGCCCUGGGAACAAAGGAAUACUUCAGCUCCUUCUUACUCUUUUAACAACAAUGCUGUGGGAGAAGGGGAGGCUCAAGGCCAGGGCUCAGCUCCCAGCCUCCAUCUCCUCCCACACCUCCUGCAUUUGGGGGUGGUGGGAGUGACGUGCUGAAUGUCCUUGCUGUCCCCAGGGCAGUAUUGAGGCCAGACUGAAGCCCGCUUUGCUGCUUGCUGGCUACAAGAACUGGUCACGGAGGAUGGGAGUUGGGGAAGGGAUUUGGGGGAGGUGGUAAGGGUGGUGCAUAAAGUCUAGAAGUCUGGGAGUAAGGGGCAGGGCUGGAAACAAAUUGGUUAACUUUCAUUGCCACUCACUGUGGUGCUUGUCCUCUUUCCCUUGAAUUCUGCUUUGAAAAGAAUA